AUGGCCGUGUCCUGGGAGAAAUAUCCCCGACGGGCCUUGCAAGACAAGCUGCCUAUGAAGAUCCCGGAGCAGAACCCCAGCCGCUCCCUGCCGGUGCUGUGUCUCCUGCAGAAGAGGCAGGAGCUGAUGGAUGUGGACCAUGGCCUGUGGGCCCAGAAGGAGGAGUUCCAGACCAGGAUGGUGGUCCUGAUGCAGCGCCGGGAGCAGUUGGAACAGAAGAAGCAGGAGCUGAAGGGGGCGUUCCUUCGCUUUGACAAGUUCUUGCAGGACGCCGAGGCCCGACGGAGCCGCGCAGCGCGGAGGGCGGCGGAGGCGCGGCACGGCGCGGGCCGCCAGGAGGCCGAGGCGCAGCGGCUGCGGGCGCAGCUGGAGGCUCUGCGGCGGGAGCGCGCGCGGCUGCGGCGCCGGCUGGAGCGCCUGUGGCCGGGCGCGCGCCUGCUGGAGCGGGUGCUGGGGCAGCUGCCGGAGUUCCAGGAGGUGCCCGAGCUGGUGGCGCGCUUCGGCGCCCUGGCGGACACGCUGGCGGCGCUGCGGCUGCGGGAGCGCGGGCUGCGGGCGGAGCUGGAGGAGGCGCGCGCGCGGCUGCGGCGGCUGCGGGACGCCCGGCGGGACGAGCUGCUCCGGCGGGGCCAGCAGCGCGCGCAGCUGCUGGGGCGCCUGGAGGCGGCGCGGGAGCGCGCGCUGCACUGGGAAUCCCAGUGGGCUCAGAUCCAGAACACGGCGGCCGAGAAGACGCUGCUCUUGGGCCGCGUGAGGAUGGCGGCGCUCAACCUGUACCAGUUAGUGUGCCAGCACCAGAGGCAGCCGCCUGCCCUGGCCAUGGAGGACACCGAGGGGCAGCUGGAGCAGGUGAAGCUGUUCCUCCUGGACCGCUCUGCCUUGCUGGCCAGCCUCCCCCGGAGUGAGCCCGAGACCCUGUAA